AUGGCGGCCGAGGAGGAGCGGCGCGGCGACAAGGGCAAGGAGCAGCCCCCAGCCGAGGACCUGCGGUCGGCCUCCCGCAGCACGAACGAGCGGCGGAUGCCUCGGGAUCGCCGGCCAGUGAUCGUGCGCGCCAUGGACCUGGAGGACUCGAUCGCGCCGCCCAGGAUGAGCUCGCGGCUGCUUUCGAGGAGCGUCAUGCCAUGCAAGUGGAGCAGGCGCCCGCUGGCAACCCGCAAGCUGGACCUCAACAUGCUCCUCCUGACCCGUGGCAACGCCCUGGUGGGGAUCCUUGGCAUGAUCGUGCUGCCCCCGCUGAUGGACACUCUGAACCUCCUGCUGCUGGCACUCCCAUCGGCCAUGUUGCAGAGCUGCAUUCGCCAGGCCACCGACGCCAUCGCCGCGACCUCCAUGGCCCAGGUCACUUCCUGCCAGACGCAGCUGGUGCGCAUGUUUCAGACCCAGCAGGAGGCUGUCAACAGGUCCCUCGCCGUGCAGACGCGCGACAUCGCAUCCAUCGGUCAGCGCGCCGACGCCCUGGAGGCGGAGCAGGCUGCCAUGCGCAAGCAGAUCGGGGACAUCAACAAGGCCCUGGCCCUCGCCGAGAAGGAGCUGCCCAUCAUGGACUUUCAAGAGCUGGAGGCGUGGUCUCGUCAACCCAACCCGCGGAUCUUCUCGAUUGGGGCGCCGCAGUUGGUUGGGCCCGCCCAAGCUCUGCAAGGAUUGGAGGAGUGGAUUCGUGCGGCUGGCCUCACCAACGACAUGGUCCGCAUCGACCCUGCGGUCCCCUCCAAGCGCUUCAACGUCUUGGUGCAGGGCGGCGACGGUGUCGCUCUCCCUCGGGCCCAAGCACUUGCACGGCAGCUACGUGACCCAGCUGGCAGGAACGGAUGGCGCUCCUUCAGCGCCCAGAGCGUCGGCGGUGGCGCCGUCCCGCUGUACCUCUCGCCCGACAAGUCUCCGCAGCAAGUUCGGAUGGAGAUUCAGUCGAGGAGGCUCUCGGCUCUGUUGGCAGAAGCUCAUCCUGAUCUGUCUUUCAGUGCUCAGCGGGCCCGUGGCAUCGUCACCUCCCAGGGCGUCAAGGUUGCCAAGCUCGAGAUGGGCGAAUCCCGCUACACCGACACUAUCAUCAGGUGGAACCCAGACAUGGUCGCCAGGCUGCACAUCGACAGGGAGUCCAUUAACACGCAGUUCAAGAAGGCCUUCUCCACGGAGGACAACACCGAGUGGAUGUAG